CCGCAAUCCUCUUCUCAUCUCCUCACUCACACGAUGGCGACAGAACCACCCCCUUCGGGGCCUGCGCCGCCUGCCGCACCGGCAGCCGCAUCGACCAAGCCCUCGAUCCCCGUCCCCGAAAAGCCGCUCGUCGGCCAUGGACCCCGCCUCCCACCCCCGCCGCUUGAGGGCUGGCGCGGCGUGCUGCAGUACACCGGCCUCCCGCGCGGCGUCUUGACAUGGAAGCCCAAGCUGCCUGGGCCCAAGAUGACCGUGUUCCUCGGCGUCGUCGGCGGCCUCACGUACCUGUACUACGACGACCGGUCCAAGGCCAAGGCCAUUCGCGAAGAGUACAUCGCCAAGGUGCAGCACUAUGCCAAAGAGCCGACGGUCGGCAGCCUCGAUGUGCCUCGCAAGGUGCUUGUGUAUGGUGCGCGAUGGCCUGAGGACGACGAAGCGAAUCGCGCGCUCGUCUACUUCCGGAAGUACAUCAAGCCCUACCUCGUCGCCGCCGCCGUCGACUACGAGCAGGUCGAAGCGCCGUUGUACGGCUCGAUUGCGCGCAUCGUGCGCGCCGACGUGCUUCGCAAGCGCCGCGAAGCGCUCGGCCUCCAGCCGCGCCCGCAGGAGGCCAACCUCGGCGUGCCGCCGCAGGUCGCCGCGCUGUCCGCGAAGAGCGAGGACCAGCGGUGGCUCGAGGGCGGCGUGGUUCUCGUCGGCCGCCCCGCGCUGAAAGAGUAUCUUGCCGGCCUGCGUGCCGGGUGGCGCAACGGCGUGGACGCAUGGACGUGGGAGAAGGAGAUCGAAGACCAGCUCGAGUGGGACACGGUCUUCCAGACGUGGGUGGAGCCCACGCCGACGCCCGAAGGCGUCGACCCCGCCGUCGCGCCCGCGCCCGCCGCCGCGCGCACGUCCCUUUUCCGCCGCGCCCCCCCCGCCCCCACCGCCGCCGUCGGCCCCGGCGCCGCCGUCCCGCCCCACCUGCACGCGCCCCCCUCCCCGCUCCCGCCCCACCCGCCCCUCCUCCUCGUCCCGUGGACGAACUACCUUGGCUUCGCGCAGAUCCCGUACAUGAUCUACAACUUCUUCACGGAGCGGCACCGCGUGCGCGAGGGCGCCGAAGCCGCAUAUGCACUGAUCACGAACCAGACGCGCGCGUUCGAAGGCCCCUCAAAGUCCACGGACGCCGACGCACACCUCGCCCCCGAGCUGCCGGCCGACACCGACUUUGGCGCCGACACAGAGCGCUUCUACAAGAAGGACUACGAGAACGUGCCCGCCCGCCAGGCCAAGCAGCGCCAGGACUACUACCGGACCCUGGCGGAGCGGCUGGAGAGCGCGCGCCAGUUUGCGCGCGGCGAGCGCGAGCUCACGGACGAGGAGAAGGCGACGGACAAGCCCGUCGUCACUGAGGACGACUUGCGCGCCGAGCGCCGCAAGCGCGAGCUCCGGUGGCGCGGGGGGCGCGAGGGCUGGGAAAUUGUCCGCCCAUCUACCCCCGUCGCGUGGGACGAUGCGUGGGCCGGCUGGCUGCGCGUCUUCGACGCCAGGACCGCAGACGAGAUUGCCGAGGCCGAGCGCAAGCGCACCGCCGCCAUGGAGAAGUAGGAGUAGACAUUAUGCACAGUUCUUGCCAGGG